CGGUGAUUUUUUAUUUUUGAAAAAAAAAAAUCUCUUUUGAUCUCACCUUACCCUCUAUUAGUGUUUCAGAAACAUAGAAAGCCACAAACCUGUUUUGUCUUCUACUACUAAUCAGCCAUACGAAGAAAAGCAACGCUAGAAGUAGAUGUCUCCAAUUCCAAAGCACUUUUUAGGUGAUUUCAAGGAGCAAGCUAGUUCCACUUGAUCUUGAGACUUGAGAGAGGUUUUGCCUUAUUUCCGCACGACUCCACUCUGUUUCUUUGGCCAAGCGUUCUAAAGCCUCUGAAUAUCCCUUGAGCAGGCCAGAAUAAUUCUUUUGCUGCAACCCUGAAAGGGAUCUGGUUUUGAUGGUUAAUAGCUGAAAACUGGGCUACAACUUAAGCACAGCCAAGUCAUGAAAGAAAACUUUGAUCUUGAGGUGGAGGCCUCCGCAGAAAGUGAAUUUGAAGUCAGCAGCCAGGUUGCUUCCAAUAUAUCCACUCAAGAAACUAUUGCGGGUCCUUGUAUUGAUCAAAACCUGUCCAACUCUUCCACCCCAGGAAUUCCAACAGAGAUUAUUGAUGGAAAUGCAAAUCCCAUAUCACUUGACCUGACUCUGAAUUUAAAUAAUAAGGAGAUAGCAGGUUCAAGAGAUUCCGUACGACUCUCGUUCUCAAGCACCAGUGAGAGUAGCAAUGAACCUGCCUCUCAAACUACAGAAGCGACCAUUGCCAGAGUUUUCUCAUGCAAUUACUGUCAACGCAAGUUCUUCAGUUCGCAGGCUCUUGGGGGCCACCAAAAUGCACACAAGAGAGAAAGAUCAUUGGCAAAGCAUGCCAUGAGGAUGGGUCUUUUCUCUGAGAGGUAUGCAAGUCUCGCGUCUCUCCCUCUUAAUGGUUCUUCCAGAUCAUUGGGAAUAAAAGCGCACUCCUCACAGCACUAUUGCUUUCCACCAACAAUGAAGGUUCAAGAGAUGAAAAGCAAUGCAAGAUUUGAGAUAGGAUAUUUUGGUCAGCCAAUGUUCUUGGAGGAUAAUGAACCUGGACUUGUCUGGCCUGGUAGUUUCCGUCAGAUUGCAGGCAUCGGUGAUGAUCAUCAGAAUUUUCUGCUGACUGAAAGUUCUGGUUUGAGUUUUAGGGAUAUGAAUCCACCAGUAGACAUAGAGAAGUCCACCCCAGAUUUGACAUUAAAACUUUGAAGGGAUCAUUCGCUUCUCAGAUCUGGCUCUGGUUUAUCUGCUCCAUUGUUAUGACUUUUGUACAGUAGUACAUGCAGGGCCAUGAUUGUCCGAUUUAUUUUAGGCUUUCUGGAUUUUCCUUCAGUUCUUUUAGGAUUACUGGUUUUGGGCUCCUGGUGUUUUGUUUAGUACGUUUAUCACGUAUAAGAGCUCCAGGAGAACAAUUUGAAGCGUCUGUAUUGUGUUCAUCUUAUAUAUCAUGUCUUCUGUUUAUUAUAAUUACUGAGCUUC